AUAACAUAUCAUGUCAGAGGCAUCACUUGUUUUCCCUAAGAAAAACUUUUAUGCUGAAGGAUCACAGAUCACUCCUGAUUCUAAUGUUAGCAUGCUUGAUAGGGGAGUAGAUCCCAAGCCAAUGCUCUUAGAGCUCUGUAAGCCAAAUUGCCAUUAUUGGAAACAUAAGUUGGAGAGAUGAGAGUCAAAAUUAGCCCAGGUUAUCAAAAUUAACCCAACAAAAUCAUGCUUGUACCCUAUGAGAGACUAUGUCACAUGCAUUGAAGCUUGUGUUCAGCCAAAAAUUCAUAAUAACCUCGUUGGCACAGAGAGGAAAUAUACUUAUUAUGAUUAAGCGAAGGAACUUCAAUUUCUAAUAA